CUUUCUCGUGUGCCACUAUCUAGGCCGAUAUGGAGCCGGAAAAACUUACAGCAGGCCCAUCUUCAGCACCUGCUGACAAAAAGAAACCGACCGUGAUUAUCACGAUUGGGAUGGCGGGAGCCGGAAAAUCCACAUUCGUGCAGAGGAUUAACUCGUACCUGCACUCGCAAGACCCACCAUCGCCGCCAUACGUCCUCAAUCUCGAUCCUGCAGUCGCAAGCACACCAUAUGAGGCUAAUAUUGACAUCCGGGAUACGGUCGACUACCAUAAAGUGAUGAAGGAGUGUGUCUCAAUCGUGCUUCUUCUCCGGACAUCUAGAGUGGUUAAUGACCCCGAUCGGCACCGUCUUCCUAGGUACAACCUCGGCCCCAACGGUGGCAUCCUUACCGCGCUCAACCUUUUCACGACCAAGUUCGAUCAAGUGCUCGAAAUCGUCGAGAAACGAGCAGACACAGUCGACUAUGUGAUCCUGGACACUCCAGGGCAGAUAGAGAUUUUUACGUGGUCUGCAUCCGGGGCGAUUAUCACGGACGCCGUAGCAUCGUCCUUGCCCACCGUUGUCGCCUACAUCAUCGACACACCCCGCACAACCGCCCCAGCAACGUUCAUGUCAAACAUGCUCUACGCCUGCAGUAUCCUGUACAAAACAAAAUUGCCAUUCAUCCUUGUGUUCAACAAGACGGAUGUCCGGCCCCAUGAUUUCGCCGUCGAGUGGAUGCAGGACUUUGAGGCGUUCCAGGCCGCUCUCGCGUCACACCAGGGCACGACGGACGACGAGGGCGAACCUACGUACAUGAACAGCCUCAUGAACAGUAUGAGUCUUGUGCUAGACGAGUUUUACAAGCACCUGACGGCGGUUGGUGUGUCCAGUAUGACAGGGGCAGGGGUAAAAGAGUUCUUCGAAGCCGUGGACGCGUCUCGCGCCGAAUACGAAAGGGAGUACCUCCCGGAACUUCAACGUGCCCGCGAGUCCCGCGAUAAAUCCCUCAACGCAAUGAAAGAAGACUCGCUCUCCCGCUUUAUGAAGGACCUCGCCGUCGACCACGAGCAGAACCCCGCCGCCGCCCAAGCAGACAAGUGGGAUCCCACCGCAGAAGAGGAGGAUGACGACUACGACCUGGAUGUCAACAUCAUUGACCGCAGUGAGGAUGUAUGGCAUGGACAGUAUAUCGACGUAACGCGCAUGCGGCCGCGGUCCGAUCAGGGGCUGGCGUGGCCUCGCCCCGGCUGACAAUCCCAUUCGGCCGUCGAGGAUCCGUGUUAGAGGUUCUUUGAAGGUAGAAGGGCAGGACAGUAGGUGCAUAUCCUCCGCGCAGACUCGUAUCGUGUCACUACGCACGUUUAGCCACCUGUAGCGUAUAAGUAAGGCGUUCCGAAUUGCC